AUUUUAUUAUUCAAUUCGAUCAGGCCUAUUUUAUUUGUUAAUGUUAUUGUUUUAUAAACAAAAGCUCUGUUCGCAUAAUUAUACGUUAGCAAAAAUGCAGCUAUCAUUUUCAGAGCUUGUCAACAGUCACGAUGUACGAAUGUGUAGAUACAACGCGCAUGAGUCGUGUGCGCUCUAGGUUGACAUAUGCCUGAGCGAGAUAUCUCUGAUGUACGUGUGCUUGUUUCGAUUCUAAUCAUGGUCGCAUAGAUGCAUGCUUGCGCGAAGAGCGGCGCUUUAAGAUUACUCCGAUUUUCGAAGAAAUAUGGCGGAUGCCGAGCUAGCAAAGGCUUUGAAGGAUCUACCGACUCGAGUUCAGACCGCCAGCAAAAGCGAGCGGCGUAAAAUUCUGCAAAAUGUCGUCAACGUAUUGUCAAAUCCCGGCAUUAAUGACAAAAUUGUUAAUGGAAUCUGUAAGGUGGUAUCACUCACUUUACAUAGAUAUAAAGACAGCGGUUCUCAGUCCUACGUGAGAAACUUAAUUGUAGAGCUGCUUAAAAAACAACCAGAGGCUACUGUCAAACAUAUGACAACUGUAAUUUCAGAACAAGCUACUUGGCACAAGAACGUAGUUGCGACCUUGAAUACUUCUCUGACUGCGUAUAUUGCAUUGAAAUGGUCGACUCUAGUUAUCCUCCAUGGAUAUAACAAAGAGCUGGAUACUGUCCAGGUUUUGCCAAAGCUCAUUGAAGCGCAAGCGAAUCUAUCUGCGGCGACAUUAGCAUCAACAGACAAGAAACUUGCAAACAAGGUGUAUACACUACUCGCACACGAAUGGGCGACAAUUAAGGACAUAGAAAUUGUUUAUAUGGAAAAUUUAACAAAAUUGGAGGUUGGUAACGGCGUCAUCAUCCUGGCCAGCUUACUCACGAAGUAUUUAGUUGCCACGAAAAGAAAUGAUUUGGUGGAACAAUUGAAGGCAAACAUAAUAGACAUUUUUAUAAAAGUAGCAAUCAGUUGCAAGAAGAAGCCAGAUUUAUACGUAGUCGACGUAGCCGUGCCGCUUUUAAAAAGGUUGAAUCACGAAGAAUUCAAGACUCAGUUACUUCCUGCUUUGCAGAAAGCCAUGUUGCGAAACCCAGAGAUCAUAAUCGAAUCAGUUGGUCACAUUUUAAAUGGAUUAAGUCUCGAUUUGAGCCAAUAUUGCCAAGAAAUAAGUAAAGGGCUAUUUGCUAAUCUACAUUCUAAGGAGGACUUGGUUCGGGACGAAGCGGUUGAAGCGUGUCGCAAGCUUGCUUUACAAUGUUCCGACACCACUGCUGUCGAGGCACUGUUGUCAUCGAUAUUCGCUGUAUUUCAUGGAUCCGAGGGCAAGCUCACGGUCGUGACUCACAAGAUCUCUGUGCUGCAAGGUGCCGGCAACCUCAGCUACAAUGUCGCUUCGGGUAGCAGCGUGCAGAAGUUAGCCGAGACAGCGUGCGAGCAUUUCAUCAAAGUACUCGAGACUGAAGUGCACGAGAAGACGCUGAUACACGCGCUUGAAAUGAUGACACUGUGGUCCAAGAAAUUCUCGUCCAAUGUACCGAAAGCUGUGGUGGACUCUUUUAAAAAAAGCAUGGCUGCCAAAACUUCCACCGCCGCGGUGCGCACCGCCUACAUUAAACUGUUCUUUUCGAUUCCCGUGACGUCUUACUCGAGUGUGAUAGCGCCGAUUCUUGCACAAGCGAUAACCAGGGCUACGCAGCAAUGCGCGCAACCAGCGGCGGUAACCGAAGGUUUGGUCGCUUCGUACCUGCUGCUGAAAUUCGUGCUGGCUGACCAAGUGGAGAACGACAAGCAGAGCGUAUUGUGGAACGCCAUCGACGAGCAGAUAUUUUUCUCGGAAAAAUUUCUCUCCACAUGUGGCGACGAUAUUCUGUAUCAUCUUAUGUUGCUGUGCGAACGGCUCAUCAGUGAAUUCUCCGAUCGAUUGAACGAAAAGGCUUUAACCGGCAUUCACCGAGCAAUCGUAUCCUGCGCCACAGCACCGAAUUCCGCGACAAGGCAACGGUGUUUCCCGCUGAUCAAGAAAAGUAUGACUGGUUUGAGCACGUACGCGCCAGCCCAGACGCUGUUAAUGGAGUUCAACAGGUUCCUAGAGAACGUCAAGAUGAAAUCGGAAUCGGAUAAAGAAAACAAGGAAGAAUCUUCGAUAGGAGAGAUUACCGGUAGGUGCCUCGCAGAUGGAUUAUUUGCCAUAUGCUCAGGCUCCUUCCUGUUCGAAGCACCAGCCUACCAAAUGACCAAAGACGCUCUACUCCCGUCUCACCACCCGGCGUUGCUCAAAGCCAUACCAAACUUAUGGUUCAAGAUUGCCAAGAACUACAAUAUUGUACCAAAGGAUUUCUUACGUAGCUACAGCAAUGAAGUGAGGAAGAUGUUAAUCCAGAAUUAUGAACCGAUACCAAACUACGAAAACGCGCUUAUAAGAAUAGUGUCGCUCGCACCGGACGCUUUUCUACCCGCACUAGUAUCGAACGUUACGAAUAAGCUCGACGAUCCGGAAAUCUUAAAAGUUACCAAGGACGAAUAUUUUACGUAUCUCACUCCCGAGGGAGAGUUGUACGACAAGAGCGUAUUGCCGGUCAAUUACGAGCAUGAUAUUCUCAAUUCUAUGAAUAUGAAGAGAGAAAGUAAGGUCUACUCGUUCAAAGAGCAGCAAGAGGAGCUCCAAUUGAGGCGUGAAUUAUACGAGAAGCAGAAAAGAGAAGGUAAGAUAAAGGAACCGAAGUUAACGCCGAAACAGGAGGAGACCAUGAAGACGCAGAUCGCGAAAGAGAAUUGUAUUCGUAAAAGAUUAAGUGAGUUGAAAGCCAAGAUAGAUAACGCUGUAUCUUUGGUGACGUGCUCCAUACGCGGUAACAAGCAGGAACUGUCUCUGUACUUAAAGGAGCUCUUACCACCGAUCUUGAAGAACUUGGCCUCUCCACUCGCGGCUCCCGAAAUGUCGGAGCUUUACGUAUCUCUCCGGCAGACCGUGACGAUAGAUAACAGUGUGAUUCUCGGUGAUCUCAUUGCUCAUGUAACGUUGCGGCAGUUACAACCGCAGUGCGAUUUGGAUCAAGCUUGGGAAGAGGAGAAUCUUGAUGCAGCGGUUAAACGAACGUUGAACCUCAUACACACAGUCACGAUUAAGAAUAAGGAAUUAUUCACGGCGUCUGCGUUUUGUUACGUUUUUCCCUUCAUAAGAAAGACCUUGCUGUCGUACAAGGAUGACGGCAUGAUCAUACAGGGACUGCAGUUGAUCCAGGAACACGCAAAACAACGGGGCAGCACCGCUGACUUGAAAGACAUUAGACACCCCAGACUCCUGCCGCGCAAACAAAUGUUCGAUCUGCUCAUCGAGCUCAUGGAGACCACGACGUCUCGAGUGCAGUCGUACGCAGUAGCGACCUUACUGGACGUCGCACAAUCCGGCAGCGGUCAACCGGGCACGGCAAUCGCCAGCAACGAGGACAUAGACUCGUUGAUCGGCGCGCUGCAGAACUCGCUGCCCACCGUAAGAGACGCGGCUCUCAGGGGAUUAAUGGUGAUACGUCAGGCUUUCCCGUCCCAGAAGGAGGAUCAGGAGCAGCUCAGCAGACUCACCAGGAGAGUGUGGAUCGCGCGAUUUGACGUAAACGACGAGAACAAAAUCCUUGCUAACGAACUGUGGAACGCAGCGGAUUUUACCGCGCGCGCGGAAAUCCUCUGCGAGGAGCUGAUCCAAGACAUUGCCCAUCCGGUCGAACCAGUGCAACAGGCAGCCGCGUACGCGUUAGCACAGAGUUUGGCCACUGUGCCCCAUCUGACGCCAACUGUGCUGGACAAUUUGUUGCAACUGUAUCAGGAGAAACUGGCGAUGAUUCCACCGAAGUUGAACGACUUCGGUCGCGUUAUCGAGCAGCCAAUCGAUACGUGGGGUCCACGGCGCGGUGUGGCACUCGCUCUGGCACAGAUAGCACCGCUUCUCACCGCCGACACGAUAUAUCGGCUCGUACAGUUCUUCGUAAUGACCGGGCUAGGUGAUAGGAAUCAAGACGUGCGUACCGAGAUGCUAACGGCUGCGGUAGCGGCGGUCGAUCUUCACGGUAAAGCGAAUAUAACUUCACUGCUGCCGGUCUUCGAAGAUUUCAUGGAUAAGGCACCGAAAAUCGGCAGUUUCGAUUCAAUCAAGCAAGCGGUGGUAAUCCUCAUGGGUUCUCUAGCGAGACACUUGGAUAAGGACGAUUCACGAAUUAAGCCCAUCGUUAUGCGUCUCAUCGCUGCGCUCUCCACGCCAGCGCAACAGGUGCAAGAGGCUGUAGCCAACUGUUUGCCACAUCUGGUUCCGUCUAUCAAGGAGGACGCACCGAAGAUUGUGGACAGUCUUAUGGACCAGUUGCUCAAGUCAGAUAAAUACGGCGAGCGUAAAGGUGCGGCGUACGGAUUGGCCGGUAUUAUCAAAGGCAUGGGCAUUCUUGCACUUAAACAAUUGGAUAUCAUGACCAAACUGACCAACGCUAUUCAAGAUAAGAAAAAUUACAGACAUCGUGAGGGAGCUUUACUCGCCUUCGAGAUGCUGUGUAUGAUGCUCGGCAGAUUAUUCGAGCCCUAUAUCGUUCAUGUUCUGCCACAUUUGCUACUGUGUUUCGGUGAUUCGAGCCAGUACGUGAGAAACGCCACUGACGACACUGCCAGAGUAGUUAUGAGUAAACUUUCCGCCCAUGGUGUUAAACUCGUUCUGCCAAGUUUGCUGGCAGCUUUGGAGGAGGAUUCAUGGAGAACGAAAACAGGAUCAGUGGAAUUGCUUGGUGCUAUGGCGUAUUGCGCGCCAAAACAGCUGAGCAGUUGCUUGCCGAGUAUCGUUCCCAAACUGAUCGAAGUGCUCAGCGAUUCUCACACGAAAGUACAAGAAGCUGGCGCCGAGGCACUCAAAGUCAUUGGUAGCGUUAUUCGCAACCCAGAGAUUCAAGCCAUCGUGCCUGUAUUGCUGAAAGCGCUCCAGGAUCCUUCACAUAAAACCGCCACGUGCUUGCAAACGUUAUUGGAUACACAAUUCGUACAUUUCAUCGACGCGCCCUCGCUAGCUUUGAUCAUGCCCGUCGUGCAGCGCGCGUUUCUCGAUCGCUCCACGGAGACGAGAAAAAUGGCUGCACAGAUUAUCGGCAACAUGUAUUCUCUAACGGAUCAGAAGGAUUUAACUCCUUACCUGCCAACCAUCAUCCCAGGUUUGAAGACGAGUCUGCUCGAUCCGGUGCCCGAAGUGCGUAGCGUAUCAGCGAGAGCGUUGGGCGCUAUGGUACGCGGCAUGGGCGAGUCCAGCUUCGAGGAUCUAUUACCUUGGCUCAUGCAGACACUGACCUCGGAGACCAGUAGCGUCGAUAGAUCCGGCGCCGCGCAAGGUCUCUCCGAGGUGGUGCGCGGAUUGGGAGUCGAGAAACUCCACAAACUUAUGCCCGAGAUCAUCAGUACCGCGGAGAGAACUGACAUCGCACCUCACGUCAAGGAUGGGUACAUCAUGAUGUUCAUAUACAUGCCGAGCGCAUUCACUACAGAGUUCACACCGUACAUAGGACAGAUCAUCAAUCCCAUUCUGAAGGCGCUGGCCGACGAGAACGAGUACGUACGAGAGACCGCACUGCGAGCGGGACAGCGUAUCGUCACGCUUUACGCUGAUUCAGCGAUAAUGUUGCUGCUACCGGAGCUGGAAAAAGGUCUCUUUGACGACAACUGGCGUAUCCGGUAUUCGUCCGUGCAGCUGCUGGGUGAUCUGCUGUACAGGAUCUCGGGUGUGUCGGGUAAAAUGUCGACCGAAACUGCAAGCGAGGACGAUAACUUCGGUACAGAACAGUCGCACUAUGCCAUUAUUAACGCUUUGGGCGCGGAAAGACGAAACCGUGUGCUGGCCGGUCUGUAUAUGGGCCGAUCAGACGUAGCUCUGAUGGUACGCCAAGCGGCUCUCCACGUUUGGAAAGUAGUAGUAACGAAUACGCCGAGAACAUUGCGAGAAAUAUUACCGACCUUGUUCACUCUUCUCUUGGGAUGUUUGGCGAGCACGAGUUACGACAAGAGGCAAGUGGCCGCUCGGACGUUGGGCGAUCUCGUGCGAAAAUUGGGAGAGAGAGUGCUGCCGGAAAUCAUACCGAUUUUGGAGAAGGGUUUGCAGAGCGAUCAGGCCGAUCAGCGCCAGGGAGUUUGCAUAGGUCUCUCGGAAAUUAUGGCUAGCACCAACAAGGACAUGGUAUUGACCUUUGUCAUCAGUCUCGUUCCAACAGUGAGGAAAGCGUUGUGCGAUCCCUUGCCAGAAGUUCGACAAGCCGCAGCCAAGACCUUCGACGGUCUGCACUCCACAGUGGGUGUACGCGCCCUCGACGACAUACUGCCGGCGAUGCUGACGCAACUGAACUCGCCCGAUCCCGCAGAAGCGGAGAACACGUUGGACGGUUUGCGCCAAGUGAUGGCAAUCAAAUCGCGCGUCGUAUUGCCGUAUCUAGUCCCGCAGUUGGCCUCGCCGCCAGUUAACACGAAGGCACUGUCGAUACUGGCCAGCGUGGCAGGUGAAGCACUGACCAGGUUCCUUCAUAGGAUCUUACCAGCGUUACUCACUGCUCUUUCCAGUGCGCAAGGAACGGCGAACGAACUGCAAGAACUAGAAUAUUGUCAGGCUGUUGUUCUUUCCGUUACUGACGAAGUAGGCGUUAGGACUGUGAUGGAUCAAUUGAUGGAGGCCACGCGAGCAGAAGAUCUCUCAAAACGACGAAGCGCCGCGACAUUGCUCUGCGCGUUCUGUCGCGAUACUCGUGCGGAUUACAGCCAGUACGUGCCGCAGUUGCUAAGGGGCUUGAUCCACCUCUUCACCGAUGAGGACAGAGAUGUGUUGCAAAUGAGUUGGGAGGCGCUCACCGCUGUCACCAAGACUUUGUCGUCUGAGCAGCAGAUAGCUCAUGUGCAAGAUAUCAGACAAGCUGUCCGAUUCGCAGUGUCCGACUUGAAAGGCCAGGAAUUGUUGCCCGGAUUUUGUCUUCCUAAGGGCAUUACGCCGAUUCUGCCGAUCUUCAGGGAAGCCAUACUGAACGGUUUACCGGAGGCGAAAGAACAUGCGGCUCAAGGAUUGGGCGAAGUCAUCAGAUUGUCCAGCGCGGCUGCGUUGCAGCCAAGUGUCGUGCACAUUACUGGACCGCUUAUUCGAAUUCUCGGUGAUCGUUUCAACUGGAGCGUUAAAGCGGCCGUACUUGAAACACUUGCAAUAUUGCUGGGAAAGGUUGGUGUUAUGCUGAAGCAAUUCCUACCGCAACUGCAAACCACUUUUCUGAGAGCGUUGAACGACAGCAAUCGGCAAGUCAGGUUGAAAGCAGCCUACGCUCUUAGUAAUCUAAUCGUUAUUCACACACGUGUUGAUCCCCUUUUCACGGAACUGCACACUGGCAUCAAAACGGGAGACGAUCCAGCUAUAAGGGAAACGAUGCUGCAAGCUCUCAGAGGCGUUCUAACACCCGCUGGUGACAAGAUGACUGAUCCGAUGAAGAAACAGGUAUUCGCGACGCUCAGCAGUAUGCUUAGUCAUCCGGAGGAUGUCACGAGAAACUCAGUCGCCGGCUGUUUCGGCGCUCUUCUACGAUGGUUGAGCCCCGAGCAAUUGGCGAUUGCAUUUAAUGAUCAUCUCCUAUCUAACGACGUCAACGCCGACUGGAUGCUCAGGCACGGGCGCUCGGCCGCACUCUUCGUGGUAUUGAAGGAAUCACCUGUGACAGUUUACAAUCCUAAGGAGAAAGAUCGCGUUUGCACAGUGAUGCUUUCGUAUUUGGCUGCAGACAGAGUGCAAAUAGUCAUGAACGGCGUGCGAGCGUGCGGAUAUCUAUUUCAGUAUCUUAUGAAUGAGUCGCAGCCUAUACCGCAGCAAAUUCUGUCGCCUUUCGUGAGAUCGAUGAAUAAUAAUAGCAACGAUGUGAAGCAAUUGCUUGCUCGUGUGUGCAUUCAUCUCGCGCGCAACAUACCACCGGAGAACAUGUCGUCCGAGCUACACAGGGCACUUUUACCAAUGUUGGUUAAUGGAACGAAGGAGAAAAAUGGAUAUGUCAAAGCGAACAGCGAACUCGCGCUCAUUGCGGUGCUUCGGUUGAGACAGGGAGAGGAGGAACAUCAACGUUGCAUGGCAUUCUUGGACGCCGGUGCAAGGGAGUCUCUGUCUGACGUAGUCAGCAAAGUCUUGCGUAAAGUUCUCUCCCAACCGGAGGGCAAGAUAGAGGAAUUAGACGACACAUUACUCACGUGAGAGAUAUUGUACUCCCUGGAGCUUAUUACUCGCUACUAUAUCUGUUCCAGUAAUCGUAUCACUAAUCAUCAUUACUCGCCCGACCCUUACAAAGAAGAAAAGAUCUAUCGUUCAUGUAUCAGUUAUGUUAUGAACAAACUAGCUCGUUCAACAUUGUAUCUCGAUAAACAAUUAAAGGGCGUGAAGCGUAACAGUCGCUCGACGGCGUUCAAGUUACUUAAACUGAGAUGUCCCGAGUCAGACAAUUCGAACCAGGAUUGUACAUACUUUUGUGAGAGGUGUAGCUUGCGUGAUUCGCGCGUCUCGAUGCGCACGAGUGUUCUGCCACGCGAGCAAUCAAAGAAAACGACAGUUCAAGUCUGUCACCGAGGUAUUCCUUACUGGAGAUAUAAAAUCCGUUAUUUAAGUCACAAUCACACUGAACGAUACAUGAUAAGUUCCUUAUGAUCGCAGCAUACAUCACAUAAAAAAUGGAUUCUCCUUACUUCGCAGAGUAUCCAGUGAAACACUGAUUACAAAGCUCAUUCAAAGAGAUAAAAUUGUUCCGACGAUUCUCGCACACGUAAAAUUAUCUUUACACUCAAUACGUGGCGCGAUAGACUCUGUAUAGAAACUAUUAUUUGCUUUCAUUGAGGAAAUUAACGUCGGUUGUUUCUUUUUAUUAUUGCAAUAUUGUUUCGCGUAAUUAUGUAUGUAUAAUAAUGUGUAGAUUGUAACAUGUAUCUUAUAAUACGAUAAGGUGCAUCCCAAAUAUGGACAAAUCUGAAAUGGUCCGGGCAUAUUCCAGAUCUGGAACACUCGGACAGACUUGGAACACUCGGUCACGAGUUUGGAUUUGACCAAAUGAGGGAUCUGCCAAUGUAGAGGUUGUUAAAUCAGCUCGAGCUGUUCCAUAGCGUGAUACUCCUGGCUCGAUCAUUGAGGUGUCCUCUCAGGCAUUUGACACAAGCACUCUCGAUAUCAAAUCUCGACGCAUUUACCGGUUUCCGCAGUACGCAAUUCACUCGCAUCUAUGUUACAAUCGCGUUGCCGCGGUUGUGAUGAUUUUGGUGUGUGGGACAAUCACAGGAUUUUUGUACUUUUAUAUAAUUUCUAACGGAUCGAUCUCUCGGCGUUUGCUUACGUGACACAAUUAUCGAUGAUUAUUCUUUUUCUCUAAGAACACACGACUUCCCUUUUCAGCGGAAAUAGAGAUCAGAGACAGUGAUAUGAUAGACCAGAAGUAACACUUUGCCGUGUUUCAAGUGAAAAUAAACGCACCUUUUUAUUAGGAUUUUGCUUUAACUUUUUCGUGCCUCUUGAAAUUCACGUAAAUAUAUAUCGGCUUAAUUUACAUUCUAUUUUUUCUUAAACGAAUACAUUAUGACCAAGUUGCAAUAUUGAUUGUAACUUUAAUCAACAUUAAUCUUAACUUACUAAUAAAUACUAAUAAAUUAUUUUUUGUUUCUCUCUCGAAAAACAAGAGCGAGACAAAUUUUAUUAAUAGAUUCUUUAGAUGACAAAUUAGCAACCAAGUUUCGACGAUUAAUCAACAGUCAUUCAAGAUAAAUCAAUUAUAUCAAUUAUAUAAUUCUUCUUGAAGGAAAAAUUUAGAAAAAUUCAAAAGUUUUAUUUUACUAAAAUUUGCUCUGUUUAAUCCGUGACGAAAUCUCCUCCCGCAAGUCUUUGCUUGUUUUCAAACAUUUUAUUCCAGUCGAUAUAUGUUUCAUCCGUAACUACGAAUUAUGAUAAUAGCUUGCAAAAUGCGCGAAGAAGUGUUUGCAACUCUUGAUAAAUAAAUCGUCUAUGUCUGUUAACUGUAUAAGGGAAUUUAAACAUAAUAUGUCGUUAUUGUGUUACGAUAUUUUUUAUUCUGUUCCCACCGUGUAUAGUGAGACCAUUAGUAAGACCGUUAGGCGGUAGAGAGUAUAACUGUAUAACUCCUUAUUUUUAAUAAGUAUAUUUUUAAUAAAUAUGCUUAUUUAUAUAUUAUGUGCAGAAACAAAAAUAUAAAGUAUAUAUUUUCAUUGAUUUUUCGAAUUAUAUGAUACAGCCUUUAUGCACAUAAGAGUCGAUAUUUCUUAUCAUAUAUGAAAUAAAUAUUGCAUUCAUAGAAAACCCCCGACUUUAAAUGUUAAAUGGCUGGAAAUGACAAACUUUUUUACAUUUUACUAAUAUUCGUAUAAUCUUAAUAAUUAUGUGAUGCUAAACUUUAGAUCAUAAAACUUUUCCUCCUAUUUUCUAUUAACGUUAAAAAACGGUCCUAUUAUAUAAUUUUUAUUGAUUGUAUCUUAAAAAUGAUUUUAUAUUAAUUAGUUAUGUAUGUUACAAAACUGUAUGUGAUAUAAAUAGAACGAUGAUGAUCAAACUGUC